AGCACAGCAGCGGGGGCGUGGCUAGGCCGCCAUGGCGCCGCCGCCGCGCUGACCGCGCUGUGCCGCCAUGGCCGGGGCCAUCGCGUCCCGCAUGAGCUUCAGCUCCCUCAAGCGCAAGCAGCCCAAGACCUUCACGGUGCGCAUCGCCACCAUGGACGCCGAGAUGGAGUUCAGCUGCGAGGUGAAGUGGAAAGGGAAGGACCUGUUUGACCUGGUGUGCAGGACCCUGGGGCUGCGGGAAACCUGGUUCUUUGGGCUGCAGUACACCAUCAAGGACACGGUGGCAUGGCUCAAAAUGGACAAAAAGGUCCUGGAUCAUGAUGUUCCCACAGAAGAGCCCAAAACUUUUCACUUCCUGGCCAAAUUUUAUCCUGAGAAUGCAGAGGAGGAAUUGGUGCAGGAAAUCACCCAGCACCUGUUCUUCCUGCAGGUGAAGAAGCAGAUUUUGGAUGAGAAGAUCUUCUGUCCUCCUGAAGCCUCUGUCCUGCUGGCCUCCUAUGCUGUCCAAGCCAAGUACGGUGACUACGAUCCCAACGUGCACAAGAGAGGCUUCCUGGCGCAGGAGGAGCUGCUUCCCAAGCGGGUAAUAAACCUGUACCAGAUGACUCCAGAGAUGUGGGAGGAAAGGAUAACAGCCUGGUACGCAGAGCACCGGGGCAGAGCCAGAGAUGAAGCUGAAAUGGAGUAUCUGAAGAUAGCCCAGGACCUGGAAAUGUACGGCGUGAACUACUUUGCCAUCAGGAAUAAAAAGGGCACAGAGCUGCUCCUUGGAGUUGAUGCCUUGGGUCUGCACAUUUAUGACCCAGACAACAGGCUGACCCCUAAAAUCUCCUUCCCAUGGAACGAGAUCCGGAAUAUCUCCUACAGUGAUAAAGAGUUUACGAUUAAGCCAUUGGACAAAAAGAUUGAUGUUUUUAAAUUCAAUUCAUCAAAGCUGCGUGUGAAUAAGCUGAUCCUUCAGCUGUGCAUUGGGAACCACGACCUCUUCAUGAGGAGGAGGAAGGCAGACUCGUUGGAGGUGCAGCAGAUGAAGGCACAGGCCAGGGAGGAGAAGGCCAGGAAGCAGAUGGAGCGACAGUGCCUGGCACGAGAGAAGCAAAUGAGAGAAGAGGCUGAGAGGACCAGGGAUGAGCUGGAGAGGAGGCUGAUGCAGCUGAAGGAGGAGGCAACCAUGGCCAACGAGGCUCUGAUGAGGUCGGAGGAGACGGCGGAUCUGCUGGCGGAGAAGGCGCAGAUCACGGAGGAGGAGGCCAAGCUGCUGGCGCAGAAGGCGGCCGAGGCCGAGCAGGAGAUGCAGCGCAUCAAGGCCACGGCCAUCCGCACCGAGGAGGAGAAGAGGCUGAUGGAGCAGAAGGUGCUGGAGGCAGAGAUGUUGGCACUGAAAAUGGCCGAGGAGUCAGAGAGGAGGGCAAAGGAGGCUGAUCAGCUCAAGCAGGACCUGCAGGAGGCUCGCGAGUCGGAGCGCAGAGCCAAGCAGAAGCUCCUGGAGAUCACCAGCAAGUCUUCCUACACACAGUCCAUGAACUCGAGUACCACAGCACUGCCCACUGACCUGCCAAGCUACAACCUCAUCAGUGAGAGCCUCUCCUUCGACUUCAAGGAUACAGACAUGAAGAGGCUGUCCAUGGAAAUCGAGAAGGAGAAGGUGGAGUACAUGGAGAGGAGCAAGCACCUGCAGGAGCAGCUCAACGAGCUGAAGACAGAAAUUGAGGCACUGAAGCUCAAGGAGAGGGAGACAGCUCUGGAUAUUUUGCACAACGAGAACUCCAGCCGGGGCAACAGCAAGCACAACACUAUUAAAAAGCUCACCCUGCAGAGCACCAAGUCCCGAGUGGCGUUCUUCGAGGAGCUCUAGGGAGGAAGCGCUGGCGCCGCCGCUGCUGCUCCGCCCGCCGGGGCCCGCCGGGACCGGGACCGCCCCGGAGCCGCCGCCGCUCCAGCCCCGUGUGCGCACCCACGGACUCGGGCCCGGCUGCCCACGGACUCUGUGAUGUUCUCUUGCUU